CUAAAAGGCGCCCAGAGGCUGAUUCGGAGGCUAUACAUAGCCACUACCCAUGCUGCUGUAAACUAUCUGACAGGACAGCUAUAUUUAGCCUUGGCUCACAUGCCCCUUCUUCCUGCACAGACAUGCAUAGCCUCAUAGGAUGAACAUUUAGCAGGGAGAUUCUCAAUUUCAAGAUGGCGUCAGCGACCGAGCGGAGCAGCCCGUCCACCACCAGUGACAUGAGCCUGACGUGUCCGCUGUGUGAGCAGCACUACAAGAAACCCAAAGUCCUGUCCUGUCUGCACUCCUUCUGCCAAGCCUGCCUGGACAAGCAGCUCCAGAAGGAGCCCGGGACGAUCCUCACGUGUGACGUCUGCGAACAGGAGACAUCCCUCCCCUCACAAGGACUCUCGGGCCUCCCCGAUGACUUCGUGGCCAGGAAUACACUAGAAAAUAUCCUCCUGAGCUCUGCUAACAUUGUCUGCACCACUUGUACAAGUAAAUCCGCCGCGGUGUCCCGGUGCAUGGAGUGCGCCAGCUACAUCUGCCCCAACUGCGUGUCAGCACACAACUGGAUGCUGUGCUUCCAGAACCACCACGUGGUCCCCCUGGAGGAGCUGCAGGGUACUGCAGGCCGUAGUGCCCUGCAGAGGCCGGUGUUCUGCAGCACCCACCAGGGGGAGCCGCUCAAGUUCUACUGUAACUCCUGCCAGGUGCCCAUCUGUAAGGAGUGUACCGUGUUAGACCACGCCAUCACCUCCCACAACUACGUCUACCUCACCGACCAGACCGUUGCCCUCGGCAAUGGGUUACAGGCCCUGGUCGAACAGAGCAUGGAUAAGGCAGAGAGUCUGAAGAAAAAACAGGCGUCCUUACAGGAUUCCGCCACACAGAUUGAGAAGCAAGGUGAGGAGGUCAUACAGCAGAUUAACGAGACCAUCGCUGACCUGAAGACUGUCCUGGAGCAGUGCAAGGAAGAGCUGGUGGAGGAACUGAACGACUGGAUGGCCGGGAAGCAGGAGUCUCUCAAUCAGCUGCAGUCACACAUCCAGGACACCGUGGACAAGAUCAACCACGGGUGCAAGUUCACGGAGAGUCUUCUCCGUCAGGGCAGCCAUGUUGAAAUCCUUUCGCUCCAGGGUCAGGUGGAGAGGCAGCUGCAAUCCCUCCUGACCUUUAACCCCCAGCACAAGGCUGAGAUACAGUUCGCGGUGAACGCCGAUCUUCUGGAGCUCAUCGAAAAGGGAUCAGUUGGGUCGUUGAAGAGCGAUGAGCUUCAGACAGAGCCGUCGCCGACUAGCGGAGAAGCCAGUCCGAACGACAACGAAAACAGCCCCUCCCGUGGGUCGUCGUACUACUCAGAGUCAGGGUUCAGCGACGGUUCAGGGGGCGUAAAGUCGGGGUCAAAGGUUGCAGGAGAGGUCAGCAAUGCCGGUGGUGCAGAGGCGGCGCCAGAGCUGCCCCCCAAGGGAGCAGGGCGGCUGCCGUUUGAGAAAACCAGAACUUUCUCCAUCCACGACACUCCGGAGGAGAUCGUCAUCCCGCCUCAGGACGACAGUGACGUUGACGGGGAAGGCGUGGAGAGAAGGACGGGUUCCAAGUCUCGUAUCCCGGACGACCGGCGCCAAACCUUCAUCCUCAAGGACUCGAACCAGGUCGACGACCUCAUCCCAGUGGUCGGAGACAACAACGGGAACCGGUACAAGGCAAACUCACCGACUGGGUCCUUCAGAGGAGGGCGGGGUUCGCCAAACCCAGACCUUCCUCCCCGCCCCCCACCUAGAGCUCCGACGGGGAUGCAGCGGAAGCAGCCGUACCAGAAUGGCGGGUACAACAAGGGCCACAACUUCUCGCACAGCAUCAGCAUGUCUCUGGAGUACCAGCUGGGCGGUUACGGCCAGUCGCCCGGCCUCUUCAACCAGACAGGCGGCAUCGUGGUCAGCAUGUACGGGGACAUGUACGUCGCCGACCAGGGCAACCACCGGAUCCAGGUCUUCGACAGUCGCGGCAACUUCAAGUUCCAGUUUGGCCGGGAAGGGAAGUUCGAUGGCUGUUUGGUCUACCCGAACCACCUCGCGAUAACUCCCGACGGCAACAUCGCGGUGAAUGAUCCGGGAAACCGCAGAGUCCAGAUCUUCGCCCCGAACGGAGAUUACUUGGGAAAGUUUAGCGUGGCACACAUAAAGGGAGUGAAGGACAUUGCGGUUAGUCACGAGGGACAGGUGUUGGUUCUGGACCACAAUGCCAAGUGUAUUCACGUCUUUAACCAACACGGAAACCUGCUGCAGAAGCUAGACCUGUACAAACAGCUGAGGCUCCCCACCUGUGUCGCCACUAUGUGGACAGGUGAUGUCAUUGUGGCGGACCGCAACCCUCACAGCAUCAAGAUCUUUGACCGUCGGGGGAACUUCCUGAAGCAGAUUCCAGUGAAGGGUUUCGGGUACUCGCCUGUGCGGCUGUGCGUGGACACAAACGGGAACAUCGUGGCCCUGCACCACAGCUACGGCUACUUCCACAUCACCGUGUUCCGCCCAGACGGCUCCACCCUCGUCACCUCUCAGGGAAUGAAGAAGAUGUUCUACGACUUCGACAUGACGCCCGACGGGCACCCGGUCGUCACCACCACGGACGAACACACCGUGCUGUACUUCAGCCAGCUUGUCAGGACAGGCGGCAGUAAGGACAAGUUCCAACUGUAACCCACAAACACAAACUCUUCUCCAAAAACGGGCGAAGAAAUGAAGACUUUGCCUUUUAUAGAUUUUUUGUGGGAAAAAUUAUAGUUCGGACACCAGAAAGUCCAUCCGGAGCUGACAUUACAAACAGAACUACUAAAGCCAUGUAGAUGUGUGGAAAAGUGUUGCAGUAGUAGGUAGGUGGGACAAAUAUAUUGGUUCUGUUCAGUUCAGUUCAAGUUUCAUGGAAUUUGUUGCAUACUGUUGCUACUGGUAAGUAGUAGUAGUAGUAAUCAAUAAUUAUGGUAUUUGAGCAGUUAAGUUUUUGGUAGGGUUAAACUUUUAAAACUUGGAUUUAAGAACGGUGUUUGUUCAGUUCUUUUCAAUACAGUUCAAGUUUUUACAUUUGUUGCAUACUACAUGUACAUGACUGUACAUGAACAGUGUUCAUGUGAUUAAGUUUUUCUCUGAUGAUGAUGAGUUUUUCUCUGGGCAAAAAAAAUUUGCAGUCGUUGGUGACGAACAUAA